CAGCCGUCAACUUGAAACGGUUGCUGUAACAAGUCUGAAUGACUUGGCUUGUUCGUUCAAUUCUGACAGCAAUAAUCUCCAUGAAAUGAAACAGCAAUCUUUUUGACCUGCUUGUUAACAUAAAGGGACUAUAAAGACGACAGAAUCUUCACAAUCAUGCUCAAGCAGUUUAACAUUUUAAAACAGUUUGGAAAUGGGGGGAAGUCACAAGAUGCAACUGAUCUUCUAUCAGAUGAUCUGGUUUUGGUGGAACAGCGUGUGGAGCCUGCCAGAAAAGCUGCCCAGAUCAUCCAUAAGAAGCUGGUAGGCUGCCUCCAGAGUCAACAGGGACUGGACCCAGAUCGACGAAUGAAAAAGUUACCUCUCAUGAUGCUUUCUGUCAGUAUGGCUGAGAGCUUUAAAGAUUUUGAUGGUGAAUCCUCUAUUAGAAAAGUUCUAGAAAUGUGCUGUUUUAUGCAAAAUUUUCUGGCACGGACUUUGGCUGACUUUGAGAUGAAGUUGGAGAAGGAGGUUUUAGUGCCUCUUAAUAAGCUCAGUGAGGAAGACCUGCCAGAAAUCUUGAAAAACAAGAAACAGUUUGCUAAACUUACGACAGACUGGAAUAAUGCACGUGGCAGAUCUCAAGCCAGCACAGGUCCACAGGCCAAACAGGACGGUCUCAGAGAAGAUGUAGAGGAGGCCUGGAGAAGACUGGAGUCUAUCAAGGAUCAGUAUUCUGCAGACCUUUACCAUUUUGCUACUAAAGAGGAUGAGUAUGCCAGCUACUUCAUUCGCCUGCUGGAGCUACAAGCUGAAUAUCACAAGGCCUCUUGUGAAUUUUUGGAGAGAAACAUAUCUGAAUUGAAAGAGAGCCACAGCUACACAGAACCUCAAGUGACUUUAUCUGAAAAAAGGGUAUUUGGAGAACCUCUGCUGUCACAUCUUCAGAAUUGUGAUCAAAAGAUCGCUGUACCAAUUGAGGAGUGCGUGAGCAUGCUAAUGCGUACAGGACUCAGAGAAGAGGGGUUGUUCAGGCUAGCAGCUGGUGCAUCUAUUGUGAAAAAACUGAAGAACUGUCUGGAAGCAGGGACGGUCGACCAAAAUGAGUUUAGCUCCGACCCUCAUGCAGUAGCAGGGGCUUUUAAAUGUUAUUUGAGAGAGUUACCUGAGCCGCUCAUGACAUUUGAACUUUAUAAUGACUGGUUCAGGGCCGCAGCAGAAAAAGAGCCAGAGGAAAAACUUAAUCUGCUGCGGGAGACGUUGCAAAAGCUUCCCACAGAAAACUAUAACAACCUCAGAUACCUUGUGCAGUUUCUGUCACACUUGUCCGAAUAUCAAGCAGUGAAUAAGAUGACACCUAGUAACAUUGCAAUAGUGUUAGGGCCUAAUCUACUGUGGCCCCGCUGUGAAGGAGAAACUUCAUUGCUAGACAUGGCGUCUGCCUCUUCUGUGCAAGUGGUGACUAUCAUAGAGCCUCUUAUUCAGAAUUGCAAGAGCCUCUUCCCUGAAGAUGCAGAUUUUCAGAUCCCAGAGCCAAUUUCAAGCUCAGUUUUGCAAGACAUAAUUCCAGCAUCGUCUCAUAGGAUUCUUUCAGAUAGCGUCUCUACACCUUCCCCCUCUCUGUCCAACCGAGCUUCCCUCGUAAAAACAGACAGCUCGGCCUCAUUUGAUGACUUUGGUUUGACGCAAGCUGUCAAACCUUCUCAGAUGAACCGUGAUGCUGUUUUUUGGGAGAACAACAAUUCUAAUCCAGUCGCUCAGAUAUCUCUGCAAAAUUACAACCCUUCUCCGGUCCCCCGGUACGCUGCAGCACCUGCCCCGCCCAAUAACCAAUCCCACGCCAGGACACAGAGCUCCACCCAAUCAGAGGGCACCCAGGACCCUCCAGCUCCGUCUAAGGAGCCUGUGUUGAAGAUCACAACUCCUUACAAACCAAGGAGGUCCUUCGUUCAGCAAAAGCCACAAAACCCCAGUAAAGGUCCUCUUGUGAACCAGACGGGAGCUUUCCCAUCAAACCAAAACAGAGUUUUCCCCGUUCCUCUCCCCCGAGUCUCUGAGAUACAACCGCUGCCUUCAGUCAAGCCCGAAACCACCCAAACUUCACUGCCCAUGUUGCCUGAGGCUGGAUCACAAAAGAAACCGCAAGGCAGAAGACCCAAAGUCCCUCCUCCUCAACCACCCCAGGCACUUAACAAGCAGCUUUCCUUUCCAGCUCAGUAAGUCUUAAAAAGGAAAGUUAACAACUGAAAACUGAACUUAUAAAACCCACUGCUUUGAUCAAUUAAGCUCAAUCUUGUAACAGUUUAUAUUGGAUUCUGUGUCAUCAGGUGCAGUAUUUACUGGCUUAUGCUUUCAACUGUGCAGUCUUUUUUUAACACUGAUCUUCAUCUGGUGUUUGAUGAUCUGGUUUUGUAAAGGCUGACAGAUAAAAAUACACAACAGAGAAACUUUAUGCUUGCUAUUUAUGUACGCGGCUUAGCAAGUUCACACUUUUCAACAAAAACGUUUCAGAGCUGACAUUGUUUAAUGAAAACGUUUAAUGAAAAUGGUAACAUACAUUGCUAUGUUGUAAAAAUGUUGUGCAAAACCGCACAUACGUACAGCUUGUACAUAUAUCGUGUGAUUAAGGGAAUGGAGAUUUCAACAUGACAAAAAUUUGAACAAAAUGAAUAUUCAUAUUUAAUCAUAUUUUCAUAUUACAUUGACAAACGCUGGUGUGGGUCAAAAAAUAUUCAUAAAUAUAAUGUUGAUCCGAAGAUAUUUAUCGUUCAAUAAAAGAAAUGAUGACACUGACA